UCAAUAUACUUAUCAAACAGAUACGUAAUUCGAAAACUCGAGUAUUGAGGUACGAACAAUGUCCAACACCGUGCACCACAAUAGUUGUGCGACAAUGAGAGCGGAAAUGUAUUAUAAGCCCGAAAAUCCGCCUGGAGAGAGAGACUUGGACUUCCUCACCAGCACGCAGUGGCUUAAAAAGAAGAGUUGCAGAAAGGAAAUCCUAAGUUAAGAGAGGAAAUCUAUUAUAUAUACGAAAGAAAGUUGUCUAUAUACCACAGUACUUUCCUCAGACUUCCACAAUGGGCCACGCACACUCCAAGCCCGAGACCGACGAUCCCGUUGGGCCCACUCGAGUGGCCAGAGAGCGAUACAGAGGAGAUCGCAGGGAAGUCGGGGGCUCUUUGAUUAUCACAGCCCCAAUUGGAGGACCUGUUAUGGUCCCUUCACAGCGUCGCGACGCCGACGGUCAUCCUUGGGAGAACGUAAAGUUCGACCUUACUCGGGACGUAUUAAAGGAGGCCCUGGACGUCAUGGCGACGUACUUAGAUCGAGAGCAAGUCACGAUCCGCGUGGUAGCUGUAGGUGGGGCUAUUAACGUCCUAUAUUUCCAAUCUCGGGAGACAACACAUGACGUUGAUUUCUUCUUGGGCAACUCACGGUCCCCGCAGAACCACGUCCUUGGCGAUGCCGCCCGGUACGCCAAUAAGGCGUUCUACAACGAACUGGGAACCGAAUGGUUCAACAACUCGAACCAGAUCUGCAUCCCGGGCAAAAUUCAGAAAGGUCUAGCCGACGCUGCCAUAAAACAAGACGCCAUCGUCUACAGCGGCGAAGGCGCUAAUGGAGGCCUUGUUAUUUACGCUGCUCCGUGGUCUUACGCGUUCUGCGGUAAAUUGGAUAGGCUUUGCGGGGACAACCCUAAUUCAUACGACCUGGAGGAUGCCAUAGAGUACCUCAAUGAAUACCUCUAUACAAAGAGGGAACAUUGGGUCCCUCUUCACCGGAUCGCUCGCUGGUGUAAAACAUACCAGAAGAAGGUGACCCGAGAGGUCAUACGGCAGAUUGACGAUGCCUACUACGCUAGGUUCGGGCGGCGUGGAAUCGACCGGCAUCCGAGGUUUUAGGCCUUAUCGUAGAUGGUUAGGCUCCUCUGGCUUCGGGCAACUCGUUUUUUUCUCUUUGUACUAUAUCGUUUAGACAUACGAGUGUAUGUCUCUUUUUCCUUUUCAAUUGGCGCUUAUUAGGAGGAUACCCAGGCUGUUUUUAUUGUUUUUUGGGUUUAAUCAUCAAAAAGUUUUGAUGAGCUGGUCGAGGAAUCCGUGUUCAUAGGGGUUAUAUAGUAGAGGUGGUUUUAUUUUUUAAGGGGUGAUUAUCUUCUAUGAACACGGCUGGCGGGAAGUUAAGCAUCCGUGAUGCUUAAUUCAACCCAUCCUGUCUAGUAUUAUAAUUUAGCUACUAUAUAGGUAGCUUAUGAGGUACGGAAUUGACGGUAUUAAAUAUUAAUCAUGAUGAUUUUA